GCCGGCGGCGGGCGGGGAAGGGCUGAGCCCCCGGCCCACGACCACGGAGCGGCCGCCGCCGCCCCCGCCCCGCGCUGCACCCGCGCACCUCGGCUCUGGCUAACUCGAUUUGUCAUUUUUUUAUUUAAAAACCCUCUCAUUCAAUAUACAUGUAUAACAGUUGACUGCUUCUACAACAAAAAAAAAUCAUCUCGAUCUGGAUAUCUGGAGGAGGAAAUCAUUUCUGGAGCGGGCUGGUCUCCGCGUUUCUGCGGGUGUUUCAAAGCGAUGUGAACUGCAAGCAGGGCUCUGAACUCUGCAUGAAUCCCUCACGUCCUAGCUGAUCCGCGCAUGGAGCCCGGGGCGGAGGCCAGGUCCGCCCCCGCGUCGCCCUCCCGCCCGGCCGGCGAUGCCGCGGCUGCCUGGACGCCCCGCACAGGCUGACCCCUACGGCGGCGGCCCGGCCCCUGCGCGCCCGGGCUCGGGACUAUGGCCGUGUACUACUACGCGCUCAACAGCCUGGUGAUGAUGAAUAGCAGCAGCGAGGCGAAGCGCGGCGCCAGCCCCGGCCCCGACGGCGGCAGCAGCAGCAGCCGUCCCUCGGCGCCCCCGGCCCUGCUCGUCCCGGCCCGGCUGAGCCCUGCGCCGCCCGCCCGCCCCCCGCGGCCCCGCGAGCUGCAGCACGUGCAGGUGACCCAGCGCGUUGGGCUCUUCGAGGCCCGCAUCCGGGCGCGCAGCCCCCAGCCCCGCCCGGCCCCGCCCGACCCCACAGCAGCCCCGGACCCAGGCGCGGAGGGCGCCCCGGAGCCCCGCGCCGUCGAGGGGGCUAUGCAGAGCGGGCCCGGGUGCUGCAGUGGCUGGGCGGGCUGUAGGGCACCCGAGGGGGAGCUCCCCGCUGGUGGGGGCGGCAGCAGCAGCAUUCCUGCCGUGGUCAUCACGGACCUGGGGGCGCAGGAGGAGCAGGGUGGCGAGGGCCCCCCCGCCACGGUGCCACUGCGUAAGCUGUCCUCCUCCUCCGCCUCGUCCACCGGCUUCUCCUCGUCCUGGGAAGAGUCCGAGGAGGACGUCUCCAGCGACCCCGAGCGGCCCCUGGAGCCUGCCUCCGCCUUCCUGCAGACCCUGGAUCAGCACAAGCCCCGCGUGAAAAACUCCCAUUGCUUUCUACAGACCUUGGAUCAGGCCUCACAGCAACUCACCACUGCAGAAGACCAAGCUCAGAGCAAAUCAUGGCGGAAGAUCAAGAAUAUGGUGCAUUGGUCCCCCUUUGUUAUGUCCUUCAAGAAGAAGUACCCUUGGAUCCAACUGGCGGGUCAUGCAGGAAGCUUUAAAGCAGCAGCCAAUGGCAGGAUACUGAAGAAGCACUGUGAAUCUGAGCAGCGCUGCUUGGACCGCUUGAUGAAUGAUGUCCUGAAGCCCUUUGUUCCUGCUUAUCAUGGGGACGUAAUGAAGGAUGGGGAGCGGUACAAUCAGAUGGAUGACCUGCUGGCUGAGUUUGACUCCCCCUGUGUUAUGGACUGCAAGAUGGGAGUCAGAACGUACUUGGAAGAGGAACUAACAAAAGCUCGGAAGAAGCCGAACCUGCGGAAGGACAUGUAUAUGAAGAUGACUGAAGUAGAUCCAGAUGCUCCAACCGAGGAGGAGAAUGCCCAGCGAGCAGUAACCAAACCCCGAUACAUGCAGUGGAGAGAGACCAUCAGUUCUACAGCAACGCUGGGAUUCAGGAUCGAGGGGAUCAAGAAUGAAGAUGGCACUGUAAACCGGGACUUCAAGAAGACAAAGACAAAGGAACAAGUCACAGAGGCCUUCAGAGAGUUCAUUAAAGGGAACCGUAACAUUCUGAACAGUUACCUUAAUCGGUUGAAGGGGAUUCGUGCCACCCUGGAGAUGUCACCGUUCUUUAAAUGCCAUGAGGUGAUUGGGAGCUCCCUGCUCUUCAUUCAUGAUAAAAAAGAACAGGCCAAAGUCUGGAUGAUCGACUUUGGGAAAACCACACCACUGCCAGAGGGACAAGUCCUCCAGCACAACGUGCCCUGGGUAGAAGGGAACAGAGAGGAUGGCUACCUCUGGGGACUGGACAACCUCAUUCAGAUCCUGACAGAAUUGUCACAAAGAGCAGCUUCUAGCACUCCUCAGCAGGGGCAGCUGGCCCACCCUGGGCCUGAAGGGCCAAGACAGCAGUGAGGGAGAGUGAAAGUGGUGGUAGGAAACCACAGAGACACUUAAAGCCUUCAAUGCUGAUUGCUCUUUCUGACUAGCACUCAAGCGGGCUCUCCUCCAUGGCAUGAAAGGUUAACAUUGCCAGGAUGCCCCUUUCUUCUCCUCCCCACCCUGAUGCCCCCUAACAUCUGGUUCAGUCAAAAUGUGAUGUGUAGACUGUCUCCAUGAUUUACUUUAUUGCAGACUUCUUGUUACAAACCUUUUAAAAUUUACCAAGUGCCAGGCAGCAGAGCUGUAUGUUCCUGUAGGUCAAACCCUGCCUGUGUCUUCAAAAGAGAAUUGCAUUGUCAGGUCUUGAGGGGGCUUUUCAGUACACACACAAGCGAUCUUUGAGGUGGUGUGGGUGUGACCUAAUACCUGUAGGCUAAUACCAGGAAGAAAGAGGGCAGUCAAUCAGCUCUCAAGAUGAUCACAUCAGUCUGAUAUGGUAAAAUGUAAGGAUGUUAAGGCAUUCCUUUCGUGCCACAGUUCACUAAAUCUGGUGGCGGUCUUCAGCUUUUUUUACAGUUUGCUCUGUCUGAACUGGAUAGCAUACAUGGCCUCUGCUUCAAGUCUUGUGAAAACAACCAGCCCUCUAUUGAGGGUGGAGGCUAUUUUUUAACUUCCUGGAACAUUUGAACUAAGCAGACUGCUUGCAUUGGAGCCGGUUUGCUAAAGGUCAAGUAUUGGCAGAAUGGCAGGGAGGGAAGCAUUGCUGGUGUGUUCUGAUCAUCAGAGGGAGCUUGGAGGUCUCUGGGAUUUAGGACCGAAGGAUGGCAUUGAGUUUAGGUUAUGAGCAGUCCUGAAGGUUGUUGUCCACGAGUAAGAGCAGCUUCCGACAGAAGCUCUGAAUCCCUCACUCGCCUGACUCCAAAAGGUCAUUGCCUCAUCUCUUUCUCCAGUGGCAGCGCUAGAGACUGUCUGCCAUAGUCAAAUGGGUGCAGCUUCCUAUGUCAGGGAGGUUCUCUCACUGCAACGAUAAUGCAGGAGCGAUUUAGCCAUCAAUUGUUCUGCAGUCGAACACAAGCGUCUUUCAUGAAGAUUAAAAUCUCCUAAGACUUUCUUGGUUCAUAUCUCACCAGGCACAUGUCUGUAGUUCUUUUGAUACAGUUGUAAAUGGUUGCACUGUUUAGCUUUGCCCAGUCUUCCUAGGCUGCUUAGAAUAGCCCAUAUGGAAGUGCCUUACAGACUUGCCUCUGUUCCAUUAGUGUCAUGGAAAAGUUUUUUUUUUUUAAGUUAUAUUUAUUUUAAUUCCUUUUUUAAUUGCACAAAACACUAAGACUUAAUGCAUGGAAACUUUUUUUUAAUGUAUUUUUAGUUUUAAAAACAUCCUUUUCCAGCUUUGGGGAAAAGACCCGAGCGGCAGCAUAGAUCUGUGCCAGUUUAUAGCUGUAUUUUUAGCUUUUGAGUUGCUCCUAUAUGUGUAUUAUUAUUUUUUUAAGUCUGUUUAUAAACCUUGCUUUGCAGCUUCGAAAGAAGCAGAUUGUUUCCCUGGAUGUCUUAUGCCUUUCUGGAGGCUGGAACUGUAGCUGUGAGAUAUUCUUCCUCCUCCUCCUCCCCCCCCCCAACUCUCACCUCUUCUUCGGUCAUUGGGUGAUAUAGGGAAAAUCUGAACUGGUCUGAAACACCAACGCACAGUGCCUGUAAAAGUCCUGUACCAUUCAAAAUAAAGGCAUAUGAAAACUG